AUGAAGUCGUCGUUCAAAUUUUCGAACCUGUGCGGCACAGUCUACCAGGGCGGCAAUGUAGUCUUCUCCGCGGACGGCGACUCGAUCUAUUCGCCCGUGGGCAACCGUCUCUCCAUUUUCAACCUCGUGCGCAACACAUCGACGACGCUCCCGUUCGAGACAAGGAAGCCCAUCGCCCGCAUCGCACUGUCUCCCGCCAACCAAGCCAUCGUCUUGGUCGCGGACGAGGAUGGACGCGCUCUCCUCAUCAACACCCUCAGAAGGUCGUUGCUGGCGCAGAUGAACUUCAAGCAGCCGCUUCGCGAUGCACAGUUUUCCAACGACGGCAAGUUCCUCGCAGUCACCUAUGCCAACCAGAUCAAAGUGUGGAGGACUCCUUCGCACCUCGCUCGAGAAUUCGCCCCUUUCAUCUUGCAUCGAACCUACACCGGACACUUUGACGAUGUGCUCAGCAUCCGCUGGACAAAGAACAGCAGAUUCUUCAUCACAACAUCAAAAGACAUGACUGCUCGACUGUACUCGCUCGACCAGGUGGAGGGCUUCCGACCCAAAACCUUCACCGGUCAUCGCGACGCCGUCAUCGGCGCCUACUUUUCCAAGGAUGAAAAGACCAUCUACACCGUCUCGCGCGACGGCUCCUGCUUCGCGUGGCAGGGCAAGCAUAAUGAUGACGACGACCAGGAUGCCGAUAUGCAAGAAGAUGAUGAAGACGUUUGGCAGCCAAACGAAGGCGGCAAGGACGGCAGCUCCUCCCAGCAGGCCGACAAUGCGGUCGGUCUCACCAGAUGGGGCAUCGCCAGCAAGCACUACUUUAUGCAGACCGGAGCCAAGACCGUCUGCGCCAGCUUCCACCAGCAAGGUUCGCUUCUGGUCGUCGGCUUCUCCAACGGCAUCUUUGGUCUGUGGGAGAUGCCCGACUUCAACCCGAUCCACACGCUCAGCAUCAGCCAGGAAACGAUCACAAUCGUCGCGAUCAACGCUAGCGGCGAAUGGCUCGCCUUCGGCGCCCACCGUCUCGGCCAGCUCCUUGUGUGGGAGUGGGCCAGCGAGUCGUACAUCCUCAAGCAGCAAGGUCACUACUACGACAUGAACACCGUUGGCUUCGCUUCCGACGGUUCAGUAGCAGCUACGGGAGGCGACGACGGCAAGAUCAAGCUCUGGAACACUGCCAGCGGGUUCUGCACCGCCACCUUCUCGGAACACUCUGCUUCUGUCUCGUGCAUCGAGUUUGCCAAACAGGGUCAGGUGCUCUUCAGUGCCAGUUUGGACGGAACGGUGAGGGCCUACGAUCUGGUUCGAUAUCGCAAUUUCCGCACAUUGACCAGUCCUGAACCGGUGCAAUUCGUCAGUCUGGCCGUCGACCCUUCGGGCGAAGUGGUGUGCGCGGGCAGCGCCGACACGUUUGAGAUCUACAUGUGGAGCGUACAGACCGGCAAGCUUCUCGACAUUCUCUCCGGCCACGAAGGACCCGUCUCUGGGCUUUCGUUUAGUCCUGAUGGCAGCGGCGUCUUGGCCAGUGUCAGUUGGGACAAGACGGUGCGCACGUGGGAGGUCUUCAGGACCACGCAGAGUGUCGAGACGUUUACGCUGAAUGCCGAUGGCUUAGCGGUGGGCUUCCGACCGGACGGACGAGAGAUCUGCGCUUCGACGUUGGAUGGCUACCUCGCUUUCUUCGAUCCGCUCGAAGGCAAGCAGACGGGUGUGGUCGAGUGCCGCCGCGACAUUGCCGGUGGACGCAAGGUCAACGACAAGAUUGCACGACGCAACACGGCGAGCGGAGCCUGUUUCACGACCGUCUGCUAUAGCGCCGACGGUGCGUGCAUUCUGGCAGGAGGCAAUGCCAACUAUGUGUGCCUGUACGACGUCAAGGAGCGCGUCCUGCUCAAGCGCUGGGAGCUCACCAAGAACCUGGCACUCGACGGUACUCAGGACAAGCUGGAUAGCCGUCGCGUCACAGCAGCGGGUGCGAUCGAUCUGGUGGAUGAUCGCGAAGACGAGGCGGAUCUGCUUCCCACGGAACGGGUCGAUCAGUCGCUGCCGGGAGCCCAGCGCGGCGACGCCACCAAGAGGACGACGCGCGCCAUCUCACGCGCCAAGUGCGUGCGAUUCGCGCCCACCGGUCGAUCGUGGGCAGCUACCUCCACAUCAGGUCUUCUGAUCUACAGCCUCGACGAGCAAGCAGCAUUCGAUCCGCUGGAUCUCGACAUGGACCUGACGCCACAAGCUGUCCGCGAAGCCUCGACGCGCGGGGAGCAUCUGUUGGCCGUGGUUGGAGCGUGCCGAUUGGGCGAGAGACCAUUGAUGGCCGAAGUGUACGAGCGAACCUCUGCAGCCGACAUCAUGUUGGUAUCGCAGCAGCUACCACUGGUUCACCUGCCGACGGUGCUGCGAUUGAUCGCGGAGCGUCUGCAGCCGAGCAGCGGUAGCCCACACGUCGAGUUCCACCUUCGUUGGAUCGCAGCCAUCUUUUCGGUGCGCGGUGGCGAGAUCAAGGCCAAGGCAUCGACCGAGUACGCACCGGUGUUGCGAGCCGUUCAGGUGGCGUUGAACGAGCUGCGUGCCAACGUGAAGCGCAUCAGCGACGAGAAUCUGUAUUCGCUGCUGUACGUUUGGAAUAGCGUUGAGAAGGCAGAGAAGCGGAAACGUGGUGGUAGUAGCAGCGGCAAAGUCAAUGGAGCUGCUAGCCUGGGUGAGCUGAUGGAGGUCGAGGCGCUGUAA